AUGAAUUGGUUGCUGAGGUUUGCCUGCGUUAUCCUGGUCUGCAGCAGCCUUGCUGAAGCAGGUAACAACAAAGCAGAACCUCGCAUGGUGGUCGGCCGCAAAGGGGAAAGAGCCCUUUUGCACUGCAACCUGCUGAAGCCAGACGAGACAAGCCCCCCUCUUUACGUCAUUGAGUGGGUCCGGUUUGGUUUCCCGCUCCCCAUCUUCAUCAAAUUCGGGCUGUAUUCCCCCCGUGUGGAUCCAGACUACGUUGGUCGAGUACGGAUCCAAGCGGGGGCCUCUCUGCAGAUCGACCGACUGCGUGCCGAGGAUCAGGGCUGGUACGAAUGCCGGGUGCUGUUCCUCAACCGCCCCAACAACGAUGAUGAAUUCCAGAACGGCACCUGGAUCCACCUGAUUGUCAAUUCUCCCCCCGUUUUUCAGAAGAUUCCGCCAGCUUUCAUCGAGGUCCAGGACCAAAAAUCUCUGACCCUCUCCUGUUUGGCCACUGGCAACCCACCACCCUUGGUCUCUUGGAAGAGAGACAGCCAAACCAUUGAAAAUGGAAAAGAAAUGCAGGUGAAAAACGGAACUCUCUUUAUUGCUAGAGUUGAACGGACCUGUGCUGGGCUGUACACUUGCCAUGCCAGCAAUCAAGAAGGCACUGUCAUUCACACAACUCGCCUCCUAGUCCAAGGGCCACCGGUGAUCGUGGUCCCUCCCAAAGAUGUCACCGUGAACCUCAGCCAAAAUGCCUUUUUCGCUUGCCAAGCUGAAGCCUAUCCUGCCAACCUCACCUACAGCUGGUUCCAGGGGGGCACCAAUGUCUUCCACCUCAGCCAUCUCCGGUCCCGGAUUCAAAUCCUGGUGGACGGAAGCCUCUCGGUCCAGAAAACGACCCCGGAGGAUUCGGGAAAAUAUACCUGCAUCCCCAGCAAUGGGCUGAGGAAACCGCCCUCAGCUUCGGCCUUCCUUACGGUUCUGUAUCCAGCUCAAGUCGCUAAGAUGCCUCCAGAGACCUUCCUGCCGAUCGGCAUGCAAGGCACAAUCCGGUGCCCCAGCAGAGCCCACCCCCCACUGCUCUCCGUCAGCUGGAUCAAAGACGGGCAGCCGCUGGAGAUUGGCAAGUUUCCAGGCUGGUCCCUGAAAACCGACGGGACCAUUAUCAUUGCCACAAGCAACGACGAUGCCCUGGGCGUGUACGCUUGUACCCCGUACAACAGUUUUGGAACGGCGGGCACUUCAGCACCCACGCGGGUCCUCCUCAAAGAUCCUCCCACGUUCACCCUUCGGCCCAAAGAGGAAUAUUUCCAGGAAGUGGGCCGGGAGCUGCUAAUUCCAUGCGUGGCCCAAGGAGAUCCCAUACCCAUCAUCUCUUGGACAAAAGUGGGCAGCAAGACGCUGGUCAACGGGCAGAUGGGCACGAACAGCAGCCUGAUCCUGCGGCCCCUGACGAAGGAACAGCACGGCUUGUGGGAAUGUGCCGCCAAUAAUGGCGUGGCCAGGGUUAGUGCCACCACCACAGUCUACGUGUUGGGUACCAGCCCCCACGCUGUGGUCAACGUUUCCGUGUGGCCCUUACGACAAGCCGUUAAUGUUACCUGGGAACCAGGAUUUGAUGGAGGUUACUUUCAAAGAUUCAGCAUCUGGUACACCCCAAUAUUGAGACGCCUGAACCGGCCCCACCACGACUGGGCCUCGUUACCGGUGCCCGUGGGGGCUUCCCACAUCCUGGUGGAGAACCUGCAGCCAGAUACGAGCUAUCAGUUCAGUGUCUUGGCCCAGAACAAACUCGGCAGCGGUCCUUUCAGCGAAAUCAUCUCCAUCACGCCUCUGGGGGUCCCAAUUCAGACUGUGCCCCCCAUCCUCCCAACCACCGCCUCCCUGGUCUUCCUUCCCCCACCCCAGCUCCUGAGAUCCAACGAGACCACGCGGGGGGUCCUCCUCCUGUGGGAACCUCCACUCCACGAUCCUUCGGCCUUGACGGGAUAUUCGCUGGAGCUGCGCCAGAAUCUGGGAAAGUGGGAGGUGCUGAGUGGGUCCAUUCCCAGCUCCGAGACUCAUUUCCUGGUGCCAGGACUCAUCAAGGAUACCUUCUAUGAGUUCCGCCUGAUGGCUUUUGCCGGUAGCUACAUCAGUUAUCCCAGCAAUGUGGUGAAUGUUUCAACCACAGGAAUGGAGGUGUACCCUUCUCGCACUCAGCUCCCCGAAAUGCUACCGCAGCCUGUGCUGGCUGGCGUGAUUGGGGGUGUCUGCUUCCUGAGCACGGCUGUCAUUUUUAGCACCAUGGCAGCCUGUGUCAUGAACCGGAGGAGAGCAGCCCGUCUACGCAAACGCAGGCAAGAUCUACCCAUUGUGUUUUCCUCCACCAAGAAGCUUCUGGCUACACAGCAUUCAACAGGUACAGCUAGCCCGGACAGCAUUAUGAAGCUGAAACUUCAGGCGUCUCCCUAUCAGAGUCUUCGCCGGACCCUCUUCUGGGGCGAGAAAGCUGGCCGUAACCUCAGUCUCGAUCUCUCGGGUGGCCACGCCAGGAACAGCACCAACUACGUCCCCUACGAGAGUCACGUGGACCAGUCGCUUCCUCUUGAACGCAUCUCCCGGGGUCCCGACGGCCGUUUUGUGGUGCAAAGUGAGGACGAGUCGCGAGAACGUCGCCUGGAGAACGGCGAGGGCCCACCGGAGCCCUAUCUCCAACUCUUCUCUCCUCCCAAGGACCCCGCGUGGCACCGAAGUGUCCACCUGAGACCCAAGAAUGCCGGCCAGGCCCAACAGGAAGCCAAGGCCUCCGGCCACCGCCAAGGCCGCUACUUCGACUACAGCAGCAGCAGCCUGACGGAGGAAGCCGAGCCCUUGCGUAUCGUCAGCAUCAGCCCAGUGGCCGCCACGCCGUACGGCGCUGUCCGGGAUACCCAGUGGCUCCCGGACACCGUGGCGUUGUCUCCCUCCUCCUCCUCCUCCUCCUCCUCCUGCUCCUCCUCGCCUCUCCGUACGUCAAAGUCGACAUCUCCGUCACCCAGCAUCCAGGCCAGGGCGAGCAAUUCUGCCCAGAGCGGGAUUCUCCAGUAUCUGAGUUUGCCCUUCUUCAAGGAGAUGAACGUGGAUGGUGACUGGCCUCCGGAGGAGAACGAGAAGGAAGAUGGACCCUCGCUGGAGACCGUCCCCCACCAGCCUGGCCUUCUGGACAGCCCCAGGCAGCCUUUUGCGCCGGAUCAAGACAGGCCAGCUGGUCCAAUCUACAUGGACAUGGAGCCCGAUUCGAGCUCCGUUCAGGAUCCGCUCGUGGAAACUUCCUUCCUCCGACUUCCGGAUCCCGAUACGGGUCCCGCGAACACCCCUUUGCCGGGGUCCCUGGCUUGUCCACUGUACCUCUGUUCCAGGGCCGAGAGCCCACCGCCGAAGGACCAAGAAUGGUUAUGGACGCUGUCCUCCUCCUCCUCAUCAUCAUCACCAGCCUCCCAGCCCCUUCCGGAUUGCCCCCAGGCGGAGGUCUCCUGCCUGGCCCUCCCCUUGCCCCAGCUGCCCCCCGAAAAACACAACCCCACCGCUGCCAAUUUCCCACAAAGCCUCCCCUCGGAGAAAUUCCUGAGGGGUAGCUUGACCAGCCAAAGCAGCGGACGGGGCAGCGCGUCUUUCCUAAGACCGCCGUCGUUGGCCACCUCCGUGGCGGGCAGCUACCUCAGUUCCCCCUUCGGAGAAACGGCCAGUUGCCAAAGCGGCUCCGUGGGAGAAGAGAGCCGGUCCAAAAAGGAGAGUUUAGUUGCUGUGUUGGAGAAAAGGAGGAAUACUUCUGUGGACGAGAAUUACGAAUGGGACUCGGAGUUCGCUCUGGAAUCGGAGUUACUGGACGCCUUGCAACUUUAUCGGAGUGGGGACCCCAAAAGACCCAUUUCCACCAUCGCAGCCCAGGAGUUGGAGAAGCAGAGCUCAGCCGAACCCAGCAGAACGUCCCCUUCUAAUUCCCAGUCGGUCGGCACCUUGGAUGGGUCCAGCUCUCCGCUGCCCUUGGCCAGCCCGGAAGAACGUUGCGCCGCCCUGCGCAAAGAAUUCCUCGCUUACCGCCGUCGCCGAGAAAUGAUUCAGCAACGGCGACAGAAGAUGGACCCCAGCAGGACGGAUGAGCGAUUUGAGCAAGCCACCUUAUUCUAAAUUUUGGGAGUGGUGCAGUUUGCCCUCUGUCCACAAGAGGGCAGCCUUGGGACAACUUGAAUGCUAACUCUGCCCUCUAGAGGCAUGCAGGAGAACUUGCUUUGGAACCGGGCAAUUUUUUAUUUUAUUUUUUGCAAGUUUUUUUCCCCCAAAUCUCGAGUGUUUUAUCCAGGCAGAAAGAAAAAUAACAUUGACACCACCCUUGUGGGUGUCUUGGUGGGUGUGAAUGCACACGCGUGAUUUAUUUCCAGCAGGAUUCUAGAUCAGAAGAAACGGGUGGUGGGAUGUUUGGUAAAACGGGGCUUUGUUGAAAGAA